UAACCCGCUCAUUUAUCAGAGGUGAGGCCAGCAGGUGAGAGAACUCGAUGCAUUUGGAUUUAUGUAGUAACUAUCAGAGACGCAAUAAUUUUCUUUGCACUUAUAUACAAGUUUUGAAGAAAAAAGGAAAAUAAUGUCUCUGUCCUGCUCUUUGACCUUCAAAUGUGUCAUAUGAUAAUGUUCGAAUUUUUCUGUCUAAUUGACAAGAUUUAUCAUGAAAUAUAGAAAGAAGCAAAUAAGAAAAUUCAACUCUUUGCCGUGUUUGGAUUGACUAACAUAGGAGAACCUCUUCUGCCAGCACUGCCAACACCACCCCCGCUAACACCAACGACACAGUCUUUGCCUGCAAGCUUUUUACCACAACCACAUUUUCCACCACCACUACCACCAUAUCUGUUUUCCUGAAAAUACCACCACAGCUACUACUAUUGGUACUAUUGCUAUUACUACUUGGGUCGCUUGUGCAGGUUUUGGUUCAGCCAAAAAUUUGUUUUUACGUUGAGUUCAGAUGAGCUCUUGGUGAGCCGAGUCCACGCCCGAUUGCUAUUCACUGUUGUAGUCAUAACAUUUCAUUUACAUACUAACGUCUUAAAGAACAUCAUGACGGAUCUUUACCCUUCAUUUUCGAAUCCAGUAGAUAAAACCAUGCAAAGGAUGUCACGCCAUUACUCCUGCUUUCUUGAAGUUUGGAAGCAUACGGGUUAUGUCAUAAGUCAAGACUUCUGUGAUACAAUCAUGUUGCUUACCGCUAUCGUUUCUGAAUAACCCGUAUGUUCUCUUAUGUACCAAACGCAUUCGUCGGAGACGAGCAAUGAAUGAAGUUCCAUCACACCGAGGUUUGUGCACUGGCCGUCAACCAUAAAGGUUUUUCUACGUACCAGAUUUGUUUUAGGAAUGUUAACUUAAUAUUUAUGAUCAUAACGUAUGAUGCUUUUAUUAAAUCCUAACCUGACGGAGAUAAAUUUAGUUGCCUGAUCACUCAUAAAAUAAUUAUUCAUCACUGACUCAUUGUUGUUGCAAUUAAUGCUGUCAUUCGCCACAAGGCCUACAGAUCUUGUUGAUGCUGUCAUAGAUUUCCUCAUGUGUAAAAUAGCUCUUUGAGAACUGAUCACAUUAUAUAUGGUGAUUCUAAAUUUCAUUUCUAUAUUCAGUCUGUUUUUAUCGGCUUCGAUCUAAGGAAAAGAAGUUUAUCUAGAAAAGUAAUCUACGGAUUAUGUUAAUUGGGACGUUACCUUGUUUAGAUUCACUGAACGACUGUUGUUGCUAUUAAUAUAAGUAUUGGUGCUGGUCGUCGUUGUCGUGGUGAAAGCGAGAUUAUAAAGUUGUAGCUGUUGAUUUUCAUAGCCUCAAACCAUCUUGUGUCGAGUUAACGCCUGAUACUAAAACAGUCAAUCACUCACAGGCGAUCCACAAACCCAGUGUAUUUGGAUACGAAUAAAAGUAUUGAAAUUUGUGCCUAUACAAACCAAAACUGAUUUUCAACGAAGUUCCGCGCAAAGAGCAAAAGUUACGUCAAGUGUUGGCAGAGUUCAAGCUGAGGAUUUUAAAAUACAAAUAAUAUUGCUUCAAGCAAUUUCUUGUCUUUCCUUUUGUUUUUAUAUUUUAAAGCAAUGCAUCUUUAUAGAAACACCAACGGACAAUAUAACGGUUUUCUCAUUAAAAUUGCAAGUAAAAAGAAGUUUUGAACGAACGUUUCACCUCAUAAAUUCAGGAAACAAUAUUGAAAUGACGAGCAGCGGAGAAAACAAACACUCAAUAUUGUUUACCAUGAGCAUCGGAUUAUGUUUGGCGUACCACUUUAAAGGAUCGCUAUGCAACCAAUCAAGUGGGACGCAUUUUCUAAUACCAAAUGUUUUCUGCAAAUAUACCAAAGGAAUCCACAUAAAGAUUUGGUCAAUGACUUCACAACUAACAGAAAUCAAGGUCUUUUCUACAGAAACGUCUAUGACAUUUAUGCUAGAUGGCAAUAAUAUUCGGUCCUUUACAUUACCCUGUGGAGAAUACAGUCUGGAUGAGAAUCUUACAAGCGGCUACAAAAUAUCUUCAUCCCAAGUGAUAAGUGUCUAUGUGGAGUAUCUUCACGACGUCUAUCUCGUCUAUUCUUUAUCAAGCUUGGGAUACGUAUACGUUAUCCCGAUUUUACCAAAUUCCCAGCAGCCUGGAACAAAUUACUUCAAUUUCACGGUUAUUAUGAGUCAUAACAACAACACCACUUUAACAUUAACCACACCGCCAUCAUAUGAUCCAUCGAAAUCAAUAUUAAAACCAUUCGUCAAUACCUCGCCUUCUUCUCACGUCUUAGUUCUCAAUGAGUCUGAGACGGUUACUAUUUCAUGCCAAUGCAAUCUCUCGGGUUUUCGUCUCGUCGCUAACCAGCCAGUGUUUGUGAUCUUCGGACAAUAUUCAAAACACCAAAACGAUGAACAUAUUUUGAUGAUUGAAUCACUUCAACCGGUUUCAACUUUAACUGGGCAGUAUUUUGUGUAUGUUCCCAACUGGAUCCAGAUAAACUCAAUACUUUAUAUCAUGGCUUUACAAAGUGACACCAAGAUUACAUGGCGGACAAAAAACGGAGAACAAUCCAAGACAUUAGAAGCUUCCCAGCAGCAGCUUUCUUUAUCUCUUUCUGCAGGAGAUUUCGCUUUUAUUCACUCGGAAAAAGGAGUCUUGCUGCUGACUCACAUUCACCAUACACUGAACCAAUCUAACGCAAUGACGCUGCAUUGUAUUCCACCAACUUUACAGUAUUUAAACUUAAAGUAUCUGUUAUUAGCUUCAAGCAGUGUCUAUCAAAGCUUUACUUUUAUUCUUUACAAUCACUGCAAUGGUUCUACUGAAGCGACACCAAAUCUUUUGUCAGUGCCAGUAUUGAAUAACUCUAAACAUUUCACUGUUUACAAUCGUUACAUUGCAGAAUGGUCGAUUACUUACCCAAAUCAGAGUAAAAAUUCAACAAUGCAAAAAUAUUUGAAAUCUGUGUCAUUUUAUGGUUAUUUCGGGAUGGUGAACCAAACUUUUAAGCGAAUGUAUCCAUUUCCGAUACAUUCCUUUCCAACGAUUAAUUGUCCAAACUUAACUUUGAUUUCGAUUUUAGAAUCGAUUUCUUCUUCGAAUAUAAAGCGAAAUUUAAUUACCGAUUCAUUCACAUGGCUGAAUCCAUCCGAUGUAGCAUUGUUGACCAACAUACAACUAUCCACUUUGUAUAGGUUAGAUUUGGGUAAUGGCAUCGAUGAGGACUGCGACAGUAGGACAGAUGAAGAACUAAAUAAUCAAAAAGACGACGAUGGCGAUGGACUAUUUGAUGAAGAUCUUACAUUUAUAAAAGGUUGCAAGCUUCUUGGUCUCUUCUCGAAUGAAGGAAAAAGACUGCAACUGGUUCAGAGUAUGUACAGUAAACAAGAGGAAAGUAAUAUCGUAGCGUUGGUCAGCUCCUUAGGAGCAUCAUUACUGGCCGUGUUUAUAUUUUUAGCCGGCUGCCUGUUUGUGGAGAACUGGAUAAAACCUCGUGCACAAAGAACUAUAUCGCCUUCAUUUGACACAUGAAAAUAGUUUAUAGUUGCGUCUUUCUUGUAAUAAAUCUUUUGAUAACCAAAUCAAUAUGUUAGCCGUGAGAAAACAAGAAUGCGUCGACUUCGAUUAGCAAUGCUUUCAUUGUCAGAUUAACGGACUGCAGUAGUCCGUGUAAAAAGGUUAUUUACUUAUCGACUCAUAUUUUAGUUUAUCUUUAAGUAGCGACGAAAAAAGUAUUAUAUUCUUAUGUCAUAAUCCGUCCAGCUUGCAUAUAAGAGCUAUUAAGGGAUAAAACUUACUUUAAUAAUGCACAAAACGUAAUUAGAAAGUGAUUUGUUAGCAAGAUAUGGUGAGCUCAGUUUUGGGAACCAGUUUCAUGAUAACCUGUUUGUAUCCUGCCCCUGCAUAAAGUAUUUUUUGUAGGAUCCCAGAAACCUAAUUGGAUUAAAAGAAAGUCAAACUUAUAACGUAAAACCGGUGCUUCUGAGACCACCUAGACUAACCUAUUAUAUAAAAUAAUAUUUAGCAGCACAAAAGAAUCCCAAUUAGACUAUACCGUAAGAAAAUGCAAUAUAUUAUUCUAAAGCAUAUGAAGGCGGCGAGCUGGCAGAACAGUUAGAACGCUGGAAAAAAUGCUUAGCAGCAUUUCGUCCGUCUUUACGUUCUGAGUUCAAAUUCCGCCGAGGUCGACUUUACCUUUCAUCUUUUCGGGGUCGAUAAAUUAUAGAGUUGCUGCAUAAUUAUUGCGGCUUUUUUUCAACAAAUUUUAUUCAACAAAGACAAUAACAACAUGUAACAAAAACACAUCUUUAAAUGAUUAUUCCGAAGCAUAUUCACUAUCUACUUCAAUUACUGCUUCCAAUUUGUUCGGCAGACGGUCAAACCACCAUUCAAAGAUGUUUUUGUUAACUAUUGUUAUUGUUUUUGUUGAAUUAAAAUUUGUUGAAAACAAGCCGCGAUUAUUAUGCACCACAGUAAGUACCAUUGAAUCACUGGGUUGGAUGUAGUCAAAAUUUCAGGCCUUCUACCUUUAGCGGAAAGGAUCAUUUAUAGAUUUAUCUACGUCUAAUUCCACCGUUAAAAACGAUUUAUAAAAUGCAAUAUAUUCUAAAAUACCAAAGAUAUCUAUCUCAGACUGUCUAUCAAUUUAUUAUAAUAAAAGCAAAUGACCAGCUCUAUUACUUACGGACGAAUGGUAUAAUUGUGCUUAUUCAAAAAGACAGCUGUAGGAAAAAAAAAAACUGAUGCGAUAGAAUUGUAGUUUUGAAAUCAGCCAAUUUUAGUCUAAAUCAAGUGAAAAAGCAAACUCAAGUUCAAAAUUGUUUCCCUGUUCUUAAAACCAAAAAUAGAAAGUAGUUUUAUGACCCACCAUCCGUUACGCGCUGAAGGAUAUUACAAUGCAUGAAACAAAUAGUCACCGAGUUUUCAAGUACAGCUAAGACUUAAUGGCUUCCCGAUUAUACUCAGUAAAUCUUCAAUAUUAAUUAAAACCAGUAGCAACAGCUCUUAAAUUAAGAUAACGCCAUGGAACAAUUAAAGGAACUUAUUAAAUGAACAUUGUUAAUGAGUAUAUUAAUUAAAUGGCUAUUACGCAAAUGAAUAUAUGUUCGCUUACUAUCAUUCCUACAUCGACCUUUCUCCAUGAAUAGCCAUUGAAAACGUCUUAAUUAUUUUUCAUUAUCCGCUCAUUCUAUACGAAAAAUGUUAUAUUCAUUUCUAAGUAUUUUGUAAUAUAUUUCUCCAUUUAGCGAAUAAAUAACUUUUUUGUAUAUUAAUUUCUUUAGACCAUUAUGUUAUUUAAAAGUACUCGUCUGGUUAGUGUUGAAGCCAACUUAAGUUAGCUGUAAUGGACAAGAGAUUGCUGGUAGGACUCUUCGUAGGCAAAGAUUAGUUCAAUCCUAGAUACUCUACACUCAGGUCAAGCGUGAAAGUUAAGGGUCAAGACGCUUUUGACCAUGAGAUACUCGCUAAUGAAAUAAAAGUGUUUCCGACAUUGUAAUAGAUUCAGAAGACCUUUCAAUACCUCUGAGUAGCUCCUGCAUUUUCAGUGUGGGGACAAUCAUCUCGGAGUUUUAGUUCAUCUAUUGCCUCCCUUUAGUGAAUAAAUAAUUGUUUUUCUAUGUAUAUUACUCUAUAUUAUUGUGCUACUUAAAUACAGUCGUCCAGUUAAGGCCGGUGGAAUGGUUAGUUCCGUUAGGUAAUAACUAAGCUCUCGGUACCGUCUGCUUUUCUCUAAUGACUUUAGGUAAAUCUAGGAAUUCGUAACAUUCUCUUUUAUAAUAAAAUGAAACUAUUCUGUUAGAUAUUUCUUGAAACUUCAUUUUCAACCUCUGUAAGAAGAUAAAUACGUUUUACAAAGAUAAUAUAAUUCGUAGGAGCUGCAGUAACUGUAAUUCUUUCAGCGUUGUCCGGGAGAUCCAUUAAAACAAGGCAGGGCACCCAACUUCAUAAGAAUGUGCACACUAAUGUACUAAACUCUACUAGAGACGAUCUUAUUUCUCUGACUUCAAAACACAUUUUUCAUAGUUCACCAAUAAUCUACUGCACAAAUAUCUUAAGCGUUUGAAGUGUUUUGUUACAAUUUUCAUGCUAAAUAUUUAGUUAACAAAUAAAAUGAUGGAAUGAAACAUUCACUAGCCUCCAGUGCUUUGCUUUCUUUCUCUCUUGCGUCUUCAAGUUCUUUUCUCAGAGAUAUAUCUAUAUCUCUGUAAGAACUUUCCCUAAAAGUUGUUUGAAACUUAUCUAAAAAUUGUUAGAAACUUCCCUAAAUCCAUUGUGUAACUUGAGUUUUAAUCAAUUUUACGUAUUACAUCUUCGUUUUAAAGUACCUUUAGGAGAAAAUAAGAAUAAUUAUUUUUGAUUAUCUCUAUUGCUGGUUAGAAAAGAAAACUCACGACGCAUAAAAGGUUGUUCAUGUUGCAUAAAAUGUUUCGCUGAAGUAAUGAUUUUUUUUCUCUGUACAGUUUCUUUAGCAACUAGUUUUAUUUUAAGUGGAGUAAUUAAGUCAAUGUUGUUAUGCAUCUUGGAAUGUUCUUCGCUAUAUAUAUAUUGAUCGAUGAUAAUAACAAUUUAUCCAACAAAAUAAAUAGU